ACAAUUUUUUCGGUGCAACCACGCGUUUUGGAAACUCGGUAGUGAAAACUGUGAUCUUCUUUGUAAAACUAAACAGUAAACAGUCAUGUUCAAAUGGUCAUUUGUAAAACUCAAAUAUACUUCUUUAUUCUUCAUGCGGAAUCAUCAUCAUCAAUCAGUGCUCUUCUUUCCACGUGAAAGCGAAAUUGAGCAGUGUUGCCUUUACAAAACUUUUAAUCUUCUUUCUUUCUUUCUUUCUUUCUACCACAUUUCAUCCUUUUUUUUUUCUCAGCUUUCUUGUCUAUCUCUCAGUGCUUUCUGUCACCCAACAAGAAGAAAUGGCCGAUGCAAUCCUGUAUGGCGUUGUGCAGAAGAUCAUUGAAAGCUUGGGCUCCUCCACUUUCCAACAGGUUGGAUCUAUCUGUGGUUUCAAAGAUGUACUCGAAAAAAUGUCAAAAACUGUUUCCACCAUUCAAGCUGUUCUUGGGGAUGCAGAGGACCAGCAGGUCCAGAGCAGUCAAGUCAGGGACUGGCUUACGAAGCUCAGAGAUGCAGUUUUUGAUGCAGAUGACUUGUUGAGCGAGUUCUCCACUCAUGUGUUGCGGCAAAAUGUGAUGGGUGGUAGUAAAAUGACAAAGAAGGUACGCGUUUUCUUUUCUAGCUCAAAUCAACUUGCUUUUGGUUUUAAGAUGGCUCGCAAAAUAAAGGCUAUGAGGGAGAGGCUUAAUGAUAUAGCAGAGGAUAGGAAAAAUUUCCAGUUGGUAGAGCGUCCUUUAGGGACAGCAGUUGUGACUAGGAAGAGGGACCAGACUCACUCAUUUGUACGUGAAGAAGACGUUAUCGGGAGAGAGGAGGAUAAGAAGGCCAUCAUAGGUCAAUUGUUGGACUUCGAUGUGGGGGAGAACGUUUCGUUCAUAUCCAUAGUAGGAAUUGGGGGGCUAGGGAAGACCACACUUGUUCAAUAUAUAUACAAUGAUGAGAAGGUCAAGGCUUAUUUUAAGUUGCAGAUGUGGGUGUGUGUCUCUGAUGACUUUGAAGUGAAAACAAUUGUUGAAAAGAUACUUGCUUCCGCAACCGGUGAAAAACCUCAAAACCUUGAAAUGGAUCAAUUACAAAAUAAACUUCGCGAAAAGCUCAGCCAAUAUAAGUACUUACUUGUAUUGGAUGAUGUUUGGAACGAGGACAAAAAAAUUUGGUGUGAUUUGAAAACACUUCUAUUGGAUGGCUUAAAGGGGAGUAAGGUGGUGAUAACUACACGGACCAACUUGGUUGCAGAUGUUACCAGUACAAUCUCACCUUAUCUUUUAAAAGGCCUAUCAAAAGAUCAAUCUUGGUCUUUAUUGAAACAAACGGCAUUUGAAGAAAAGCAAGAUACCAUCAAUCCUAACUUUGAAGCAAUUGGAAGAGGCAUUGUAGAAAAAUGUUGUGGUGUGCCUCUUGCUAUAAAGGCAAUAGGAAGAGUAUUAUACUACAAAAAAACAGAAUCUGAAUGGUCAUUUAUUAAGGAUAAUGAACUCAAAAAUGUAAUUAAGCUAAAGGAUGAUAUUUUCCCUGUUUUAAAAUUGAGUUACGAUCAACUCCCACCACAUUUAAAGUGUUGUUUCGCAUAUUGUUCGUUGUUUCCCAAAGAUUAUUUGAUUGAGAAGUUGACAUUGAUACGAUUAUGGAUAGCACAAGGAUUUAUCCAAUCACAAGAAGAGAACUUACGAUUAGAGGAUAUUGCCAAUGAGCACUUCGAGGAUCUAUUGUGGAGGUCCUUCUUCCAAGUAGUAGAAGAAGACAAAGGCAUGUUCAUGAACUUUAAAAUGCAUGACUUAAUCCACGAUCUUGCACAAUCGAUUUCAAGUAUUGAGUGUACAUUGGUUAAUUCUAAUGCAAAACAUGUCAACGAAAAAGUUCGUCAUAUAUCAUUCCCAUGUUACAAUGAUUCAUUCUUUGGAGAGAAUUUAAACUCGUUGGUUAAAGCAAACAAGAUACGAACAUUCAUUUUGACAUCCUAUGAAUUGAACCAUCAAGUGGAAGAAUCAACUCUCAGAAAACUUAUUUCUGCUUUUGGAUAUAUCCGUUCAUUAGAUCUACACGGCUUAAAAAUUAAGACGUUGCCAAAUAUCAUAGGUAAGUUGAUGCAUCUAAAGUACCUUGACCUUUCCAAGAAUGAUAUUGAGGUUCUCCCUAGUUCUAUUACGAGAUUGGUGAAUCUGCACACAUUGAUACUCCAAUAUUGUUUUAAACUUAAGGAGUUACCAACAGACAUUCAAAAAUUGGUCAGCCUCAAGCAUCUUGAUAUAAAUUCAUGUUCCAAUUUGACUCAUAUGCCAUAUGGAGUUGGGCAGUUGACUUCUCUUCAAACAUUAUCCUUAUUUGUUGUUAGUAAGGACCCCAUAGGUUCCUCCAAGCACUGUUGUGGACUAGCAGAAUUGAACAAGCUAAAUGAUUUGAGAGGAAAAAUAGAGAUUAAAAAUUUGAAAUUGGUGAAAGAUGCUAUCUCAGAAACAGAGGCUACAUACUUGAAGGAGAAGCAGCAUCUCAGUGACUUGUCAUUAAGUUGGAAUUCUAGGGUUGAUGAUGUCAUCAAUGCUGGUGAUGAUGAAAAUUUGUUAGAUGGCCUACAACCCCCCAAAAAUUUAAGAUAUUUGACAGUAGGACGGUACGGGGGUGUGAGAUUUUCAAUUUGGCUUUCUUCGCUAAAAAAUCUUACUGAAUUAUAUAUACACUUCUGCAAGAAAUGCCAACAUUUGCCACCAUUGUAUCAACUCCCAUCUCUUCGAAAUAUAUCUCUUUGGGGAAUGCAUAGUCUAGAGUACAUAUCAGACUUGGAUAUCACCAAUGAAGUCUCUGCUUCAUCAUUGACAACAUUUUUCCCAUCCCUAGAGUCACUUACGCUAAAAUAUUGUCCUAAUCUAAAGGGAUGGUGGAAGAGGGAUAUUGUUGAUAACAGCGAUGCAACAAUAAUGACAUCCACAUCAUCAUCAUGGAGUCAUCAGUAUCACCAACACAUGUCACUGCCUUCCUUUCCCUGUCUUUUUGACUUGUAUAUAUCUGAUUGUAGUAAGUUGACUUCCAUGCCGUUGUUUCCAUAUCUCGAAGAACAGCUUUAUUUGGAUAGGGUUAGCUGGAAGGCAUUGCAACAAACAAUGGCGAUGAAGGUGAAUACGGCAGGAGCUUCUUCACUUCCCUCCUCCAUCUCCAUCCCUCCUCUCUCCAAAUUAAGGAAAUUGGUUUUGGACAGGAUGCUAGACAAAGAUCCUCUGCCAGAGGAGUGGCUUCAAAACCUAACUUCUCUCGAGACAUUAAUUAUUUUGAGUUGCUCUACAUCUUUGUCUCAAAUUCUGAGACAUCUCACCUCUCUUAAGGAGUUGAGCAUUGAGGACUGCGAGGAAGUUGAUCUAUUUAGUGAUGCGGACGAUGAUGGUACAAAAUUUCAACAUGUUAAGUGCCUUCAGUCUCUGUCUUUCAUAAAAAUUUCUAAACUCAAGUCUCUUCCGGCAUAUCUUCAAUUCGUUACUAUUCUCCGAAACCUCUCGAUUGUCAAAUGUCCAAGCUUGAUGACUUUACCGGAAUGGAUCGGCAACCUCACAUCACUUCAAAACCUUGAAAUUAAAGAUUGCCCUAAUUUGACAUCCCUUCCCGAAGGGAUGCAUCGCCUCACCUUGUUACAGUCCGUGAGGAUCUAUAAAUGUCCCCACUUAGAGCAAAGAUGUCAGAAGGAAAUUGGGGAGGAUUGGAAAAAGAUUGCCCACGUCCCAAAAUAUUCCAAUAAUCCUUGGAUGUAUUAAUGAUAAAGUCAAAAUUCAGACUUGGCAAACGAGCUGUUGCUGGGGGACUCGUUGAUAUUGGAGUAACAUCGUGUUGGCGAGCCUAAAAUUUCUCAUGUCCCAAAAUAUUCCAACAAAUUUCGGGUUUAACUACAGAUAUGCUUCCACUAGAAUUUCAGAAGCAAACUACAAAGAUGAGUCAAGGGGUUGCCCAAAAUUGCUCACGUUUGGAGUGGAUGCAUCUGAUCAAACAUCAAUUCUUUUUGGUAUAAGUUUAAUAAUUGAUCUCAAAUCUUUAUACAAACAUCAAUUCCAUUGUUUGUCCUCCGCCUCUUUCUUCUCCUCCAAUGAGAAGAAAUGUUUGAGUAGACCUGAAGAAGCAAUUAAAGCCUAGAAAAAGCUUGGGCCUUAUAAUUAGUUCUUGUUGAACGCUUUUGGCCUCUGCAAUUUUCAAAAUUGCAUAAAGCCACAAAGAGAUUGACAUGUGCGAUGCUAGCCGCGUGGUUCCUACAUUCCAAGUGCUGUGCUGAAGAUGAAACUUGAUCUUGAUCCAAGAACUUGAUGACUUUACCGGAAUGGAUCUGCAGCCUCACAUCACUUUAAAACCUUGUAAUUGACGAUUGCCCCAAUCUGACAUCACUUCCCAAAGAAAUGAGUCGCCUCACCUCUUUACAGAUAAUAAGCAUCAUUGGUUGCCCCCAUUUGGAGAAAAUAUGCCAAAAGGAUACUGGUAAUCUUCUCCCUUACUCCAAUAUGAUAAAUCAAUCUGAAUUGUUCUUGUCUAUUGAAAAAGAAAAGAACAAACUCUAUUGACCCAUAUAUAGAAGCAAUUGAAACCUUGAAAAAAAGCCUGGGUCUCAUUAUCUGGGUUUUUGAAGAAGAAGAAGAAGAUUUUGAAGGGAAAGAAGUGAGAGAAGAAGAAAAGCAUUGGAAGGCUAAUAAAAGAGUCCAACAACAUUUCUAGAAUAAAUGAUAGUUGCCAUUGAUGAUAAAGUGGGAAUUCAGACUUGGCAAACGAGUUGUUUCUGUGGGACUUGCUAAUGUUAGAGUAACAUUGUGUUUGAAAAUCAUUGCAAAUAACUAAAUUCUUGUUCAACAACUGAUAUGCUUCCAAUGGCACACUACAAAGAAUUGAAUAGGAGUCAAGGAAAACAAUGGAGGGCAGCCCAAAAUUGCUCACAUCCUCAAACUAAUGUUGGGUGCGGAUGAAUUUGGUCAAUCAUCAAUCUUUUUUGCAUAGUUCCUAUAAUCCAAGUGCUGUGCCGAAGAUGAAACCUGAUCUUGAUCCAAGCAAAGGUGGAACUUGGAAGGACUGAGUUCUAUUUCGAAGAUGGAGCAUAUCCUGAACAGGUUGAUUGGAUUGGGCAGAAAACCAAAUAGAUGCUGCUAAGGCUACAGGAGCGAAGAAAAAUUUGUUGGUUGGCUCUAUGGGUGGAACAAACCCAAAUUGACCCUUGAAAAUAGCUUAGGUGACCACAAUAUACUGGUGUGGAAUAGAAAGGUUGAGCAAUUUUUGGCUGACUUUGGUAUACCACACAAUUAUAAGAAUGAUGUUAUUGAGGACCAUAGCUUGAUGCUAACACUCCUACCUUUUGAAAAUAGCUUUAUUUUUAGGCGGGUGAUACUUGGGAUGUUCAAGCACUACCCUCUGGAGCAUCAGUCUUUUGUUCGUAUUAGACUAUUGCUAAGUGUCAGGAAAUCUGGAGAGCCCCUGCUGAAAAUAUAGUUGCAAUGGGAAAAAAUUUUGCAAGGAAAAAAUGAACACCAAAGCUUUCUUUCUCCAAUGAUCUCUAGGAGAAGUUAUUUAGAACUCAAAAAAAAAAAAAAAAAAAGAAGCUUGCAGUUGGGGGAAAACAAAAGUGUUAGGAAAUCUGGAGAGCCCCAGCUGAAAAUAUUGUUGCAUUGGGAAAAAGAUUGCACAAGGAAAAAAUGAAUACCAAGCUAUCUUUCUCCAUUGUUCUCUAGAAGAAGUUAUUCUGGACUCAAAAAAAAAAAAAAUCCGACUUUAGUUCAAAUCAAAGAAAUAUUUUGAAGCACAAAGCAAACUUUGAAAGGGUGCCAGCAGUAAACUGGGGACGAUUAGUAAAAUUUGCUCACCUGAAGUUUGGAGGGAAGGAACCUGUCCAUCAGAAACAGUUUGAAGCACAAAGCAAACAUUUGAAAGGGUGCCAGUAGGAAACAAGGAACAGCUGCUAAAAAUUGCUCACACCCUGGGGGUUGGUGGGGAUGAACCUGUCCAUCAGGAACCUUUAGCUUUACAAGAUAACUUGCACUGAAAUAUGCCGGAGCUGUUGUUAUGGAUUUUGUGUUCAAAAAAAUAUCCAAAGAAAUAUAACCAUCACCUGUGAACAUUAUGAAGCUGCAUAAACAUGGGUGGAUGCUAUAAAUGGCUGGGACUUCCUUGCUAUGAGUUCAAGUGCAAGAUGAGCACAUUAUGUUACGAACAUAGAGAGAUUGCGUGGAGGUUUGAGAUGAGAGUGAAUUCCAUGUGCUAUGGUUCCAAGAGCCUUCUCAAAUGGGUUUUGCAAUAUCAUUCAGUUUUGCUUGAAGAUAAUUUGAUGAUUUUAUUGGUUUAAAAAAUGCUAUGGAAGAAGAGGGUCAUGAUGCUGAUGAGGCAAGCUUGCGGUACGGGUAUCUUGAAUUGUAUACUUGAAAGUUGAAACCAGUCGCGUUAAUGUUAACAAGGCUUGUGGUUUGGAUGGUCCAUGACACUUCAUUGUGUUGCAGCUGGGGGAUUUGCUAUUUCAGCUGAGAUUAUUAAGCUCUUGUUUGGUGCUUCUGCAUUUUAUUUUGUUUUGUUGCAUAUUGUUGACUAUGUAUUCCAUGGUCAUGUUAUUCUUGUUGUUUCUCGCAUUAGAGUAAUCAUAUGAAAGGAAUAGAACAUGUAUAUAUCUGGAGUGGAUGUUGUUUUCAUUAAUAAGCAUUUUGGGUAUGAAUCGAAA